AUGACUGCAUCCAGGGAAAUUCGGGACAAGAACCUGGAUGCAUUUGUGGAGGCUUGGGAGAUCCAGGGGGGAUGGUGCCUCCUGUGCAAACGCUACGGGCAUGGAGUGGCUGACUGCCCUCUCCUGGAUACAGAAGAGGGGCAGUCUCCACACCAGAAGCUGGAAUCAGAGCGCCUAGAGGUCCAGGAGAGGAAGGUGAGCAGACUGAGGCAGAGAGGGAGAAAGGUGAGGAGGCAGGAUGAGGAGCUGGUGCAUCCACAACCCAAGAGGGAGGAGGCUGAGCAUCCACAGCCCAAUAAGGGGAAGUCCUCAGGUCCGCAGCCCAAGUCUCCAGCAGCAGAGGAAGAAUGUCCGCCUCCACUGCUGUGGAAGGAGCCCUUGUCGUUCCAGUCUCCACCAGGAGCUGCCUCUGCUUCCAUCACCUACCUCUGCAGGUGGCUCAACGUGGAGCUCAAAAUUUCUACAUACGUGGAACCGAGCUCAUUUGCAAAAGACUUUGCCACAGGCUACUUGAUUGGGGAGGUUCUUCACAAGUACCAGCUCCAAGACGACUUUGAUAAAUUUUCAAAAAGCAGGACAGCUGAUUCCAAACUCAAUAAUUUUUCUCGCAUGGAACCAACACUCCACUUGUUGGACAUUCCUUUUGAUCUGAACAUUGCUCAGGCCGUCAUGACAGAGCAAUAUGGAGUUGCAACUCGGCUCCUAUAUCAGCUUUACAUUGCACUGCAUAGGAAGAAAAAAGCUAGAUUGACUGGAGUGGCAAUGGAAGCUAUGCGACCAGCAGCACCAGCAAACCUUCAGGCCAUUGAAAGUGGUAUCUAUAAAGAGCUCCUAAAAAAAAUAGUUCCCAGAGAGGCAGAUCUGAAACUUAAGCAAGUGACACAGAGGUAUGAGCUUAAAAGGAAAGAGAUUGAAGAAAAGGUUAACCUUGCUCAUUAUGAAGAGCUAAGGAAAACCCAGAGAAUGCAACAAGAUCUACGUUUACAGGGUAUUGAAAAGCAUCGUCUAGUUAAAAGAAGACAGGGUGAAAUUAUGGCAAGGAUACAGGCAGCUAUUGUUCAGAUUCCUAAACCCCCACCAAACCGCACUCUGAAAGCUAUUGCAGCACAGAAACAGCAGAGGGAAAAACAGGAGGCUCAGGAAGUGUACAGUGAAAUUAGCCACUUUGAGAAAAUGAGGAAGAGGCUGUCUCCCACUGGUGGUAGCAAUACUGCACAGGGCAUUUUGCAGACAUCCUUCCAUAGUGAAGGGCUAGGCUCAAAGUAUGUUUCUCCCAGUCCUGAGGAGAAGACUCAUGCUUACAAUGAAUAUAUCCAGAAGAUCCGCAGACGGCUGGAGGAGGAUGCAGUUGCCAGAGAACAUCGAGAGAAGCGGAGGAGGAGAGUCCUGCUGGAGCAACUCAAAGCCCACGAGGCACAAGAGGAGACAUAUCGGGAGGAGCAGCUUGUUAGCCGUUUAAUGAGACAGUCCCAGCAGGAGCGCAGAAUUGCAGUGCAGCUCAUGCAUGCUCGUCAUGAGAAGGAUAUCAUCAGGCAGAACCGCAUCAUGAGGGAAAAGCAGUAUGAGGAGAGGCGGCUGCUGGAGUUUCAGGAAGCCCUUGACAGAGAAGUGGCACUGGCUAAGCAGGAAAAGAUUGACUACAUGGAACAAACUCGUAAGGAAAUUGAGCUUCAUGAUGCAAUUGCUGCAGAAUAUGCAGAGGCUCGUUACAGAAAACAUUUUGAUAUUUGCCAGGAUGUUUUGAAUCAAAUAAUUGACCUGGUUACCAAAGCUGGAGAGUAUCGUGAGCUGACUCACAAUUUAUUACCAGCCAAGCUGAUGCGUGAGUGGAAGGAGCUAUUUUAUAACGGAAAGCCACUGUAUGAAAAAGCCUCUGUUGACCCACUCCCAGCUGAGCCUAACCCUGAACAGCUGCUUGAACUUGAAAAGCUGAAGAUCCUGGAUGACCAGGAUUAUGAGGAGUUCCAGACCAUGACUGGGGAAUGGGUCCCAUCUGAAGAGUGUGAAAUAAAAGAAGCUCCGGCAAACAACAACGUCCUAGGUCAUGUGAUUCGCAAAUUGUUUGACAUCAUAAAUCCACCCAGACCAGCAACCCCACCUCCUGAAUUCCCUCCUUUCUCACUGAAAGCAUGUGCUAUGGGAAAAAUGUUUGCUGGCAAAUCCACCUGUUUGGCUAAAAUAGCAAGAGCUCACCGCAUCCAGAUUCUGUCUGCUGACUGCCUAGUUCAGGAAGCUGUAAAAGCCUUUUAUGACAGUGAAGAGACAGAGAUCAUAACAGAAGAAAAGGAAACUAGAAAAGAAAACCAGGCCCAAGAAGGCAGAUCUGGUUUAGUUCCAGAUAACGUGUCUGGUGCUGAAAAUCAACAAAUAGUAAAAUCAUCAGACUCAGGUAAUCACUCCCAGGAGAUCCAAAACCAAGCAGUCAAGGUCAACAAAAAGGAUUCCAAAUCAAAGAUGCCCCAGCUAACAGCUCGUGCUCAACUUGGUGCAGUAUUGGAGAAGAUCCUUAAAAAAGGAAAGAGUGUCCCGGAUGAGCAGCUUGUUGAUACCAUUGUUGAGGCAAUUAGCCGUCUUCCUGCAGAAUCUGGAUGGGUCUUGGAUGGGUUUCCAGUGAAUUUAAAUCAAGCUAAACUAUUGGAGAAAGCACUCUCAGGGAUUGACCCUGACAAAGCAAUCUCAAAAAAGAUGAAAAAACGUAAAACAUCAGUGUUAACAACAGACCCAACAGCUCCGAAAGAACCACCUUCUCCUCCUCCUGUUUUGGAUUUGGCAGUCUUAUUUGAUGUGUCUGACAACAUGGUGCUGCGACGAGCUGCAGGAAACACAUGUGGACAACAAUCUUCUGACCUCUUUCAAGAAGAGUUUAACCCACCCCCAGAAGGAUCUACCACAGGUCUUGGAAUCAAAGAAAUGGUUACUCCAGUAAAGGACCUAUCUCAUGCACAGGAACAAAUACAACAUAGGAUUACUGGUUUUCUCGACACCUGGCCAAAACUCGAAGAUUGGUUUGGAGGACGGCAGAACAUUCUUGUGAAGGUUAAUGCAGAGAUGGAAGAAGAUGUAGUGUGUAAGAAAGUAGAAUCUAUACUGUUUGAAGCAAUGAUCCAGAAAGAACAAAAAGGUAAGAAACUACCAACUGAAGAAGAAAAGAAAGAAACAAUCCCAGCCUCACCCACACCAGCUCCUGCUCCUACCCCUCCUGCACCACCCGUUCAUCCAGCAGAGAAACUGCCUAGAUCCAAAUCUCCCAAAGAAUCACAAAGUCUUCCCGGCUCAGCCAAGGAUAGAAAGGGGAGAAAGCCUGCAUCACCUAAAGGAAAAGAACCUUCUAGAAAUUCCUCUAAGUCUGGAGCUAGUCGCUCGGGUUCAGGCAGAGGAAGAUCAGCAAAGAAAUCUGAACCCACAACCCCAGAGGUACAAUCUGAACCUACACCUACUGAACCACCACCUCCAAAGCCUGGCUCAGAUCAAUGGGUUUAUGUGGAGGAAACAGUGCCGCAUGAAAUAGCUGAAUAUUUGGUCCCAUACUGGGAGAAUGUGUGUGAUACUUACAUUAAUAACACCAAGACUGUGAUGCACAAUCUACGGAUUGAACAGGACUUAAUCAUCCAUUACUUGUUCGAUAUCAGAAAAGAGUUUAAAGAGUAUCUUAAACGCCCUGACCACAAGCAAGAAUUUGUGUCACAAUGGCAACAUGAGUACAACUGCAUCUCUGAUGACAUGAGAGAAGAUGAGGAGACAAAAGCAGAGCUGCACCAGAGAGCUGAUGACUUGAGAGAGCGACUGUGGGAUAUCUGUGAUAAUCGAAAGGAAGAAGCAGCACAAGAAAGUAAUAAUAUUAUAAACAAUGGUUGGAUAGAAGAUCACACAGGGAUCCUUAUAAACCACUACUCCUCAUUGAUGCAGGUAUCAGUGGACCGGUUCCAGGACACACUACGUCUGCUCCGCGAUUACUACAAAGGCAUAGAAAAAAACAUUCUUCCUGAAGCCAGUCAGGAGUUUACACGCAUCCCAUUAGUAGACAUUAUCAAUGUGGAUCAAAAUGGCGAUCUUGAGGUGCCAAAGAGUGGAUCUACACAAUCUGAAAGGCAAACAAAAAGUGCAGCCAAAAGGGAAGCAGAAGGAGAAGACAAGAAGCAGAAAAUGAAAAAAAUCCCUCUGGUGCCCAGAAGACCUUUGUCGUCUGAUCAAAGUGGAACAAAAAUUAAAAACAGAACAGAAAAUCAUGCAAGUAAAGAUGAGAUGCUUGUCAGGGACAUCUGGCAGGCAGCAUUAACAGCAGUUUCCAAUAUGAUUGCUGCUGAGGUCCAGCAAAGGGAGACUGAGGAGACAGAGGAGCGGAGGCGGAUUGAAGAGAGGGAAAGGCAGAAAUCUUCCCAGGAUUCAGCUGCAGCAGGUGGAAGGGAUAAGAGAAAGGACCAGAAGUCUGCUAAAAAGAAAGGAGCUCCAUCUCCCACACCUCCACCCCUACCACCUCCAUCAGAAGAUGACAUUGAGGAGGAAAAAAAGAGGGAGCUGAAAACGAAAAUAAGACAGGAGUAUUUUAGUGCACUAGAACAUGAAGAAUACAUGGUAAAGGCACGCCUUGAAUUGAUAAAGUCAAAGUCAUUGGCUGUUGUUCGAGACUUAUUAAGAAAAGCAGAAGAGGCUUACAAAGAAAUUGAGGAGUGGUCUGGAGCAAGGUUCCUGGCAGAAAUGAAAAGUAUUGACCAAAUCACAGAAAUAAUCCGCCAUCACAUAGAGGCAGCAACAAAGAUCCAGAACGAACUUGUUCUCACGAGCAUGGAUUUCUACAUCAGUGGGGAUUUGAAAGUGUUCCCUGACCCUGCGACUCCCCUGCGACCUCCUUCUGUAGAGUUUCAGGUUGAUAGUACUCUGACUAUCCUACAGCUCAGUGCUUUAUAUGAACAGUUCCGCAGAGCAGCACCAAAAGGUCUGAUGUCCAGUAAAGAUUUUACAGAUAUUUUGCAAGAGCUAACGUCUCUGAACCUGGGGAAUGACUUACUUCCUGACAUCUGGAUGCAUCUCUCUGCAACAAAGAUACAGGAGCUGGUGGCACUGCUAACCCUGGACUCUGAGCUCAUUGACUGGCACAAGUUCCUGUUAUUAGCAGCUCAGCCAUGGCCAUACCCCUCUCAGAGACAGCUCCUUCAGACUUUGGAGAGGUUUAAGGGUCUCGAUACUGAUGGAUCAGGAUUUGUAACAGAAGAACAAUUUAACAAGACUGAUGUAUGGUUUACAAGUGACAUUCAAAUCCCUAAUGAUCCAACAGAACCAAUUCCUUAUGACAGAAUGGAAAAUCUGAAAAAGUUUUUCUUCAUGCUGUUUUCUGAUCACCAAACCUCAGUGAGACAGCUUGACUAUGUAAACAUGCUGCUGUACUUUGCUGCACAUCCUGAUCCUGUUCAAGGCUUCUACAGAGCACUAAGUGUCACUACAGGAGAAUACAUCACUGGAAGGAAAACCAGUUCUAACUUCCUUAAGUCAGUGCCAAACAUGGAUGAGAUACCCUCAGAUGACCCAUCAGAGAGUGAAACCCCACCUGCCGCGGAUGGAGUGAGAGUGUCACUUGGUGCUUUAGUCAAAGCUCUCUGUCAUGGGGACUUCAAGACUGGAGAUCACAACAGAUUUCAUUCACAGGACAAGACUCAGGCUGAAUACUAUGAGAACAUUAGUCAGAUCUACAAAGCGUUUGGAUAUGAGGAUUCGGAAGCAAUUCCAUAUAAUAUCCUUUCACAGCAUCCAUUCAUAUUGGACCUGAUUGAGAACAACCUUCUAUACAAACUCACAGAUAUUCACAAAGUUCUGCAAAUCCAGCAGAAUGAAGGGGAGACCCAGUCUUCAAGUGCAUGUUAAACAGCCCUGGAACAGUACUGGGAAACACAAACAAACAAUAAUAUACAAAUGUAUUUGUUUGCUUAGUUAUUACUUCAAACUGAUUAUCUUGCUUUACUCAAAUGUGGCAUUCGUAACAGAAAUUAAUAAAAAUAAAAUGAAAAAUGUAACUAAUUUUGUUGUCUGGUGUUUAAUGUGUUUUCCAGGAAGAGGUGUUAAAUAGCUGUAUUUCAGUGAGCAGGCACAAUGUCUGCGAAUUGUCAGAUAGGAUUGUGACUUGAGUGGUUUUGUCCUUUACUGGUUUGUAUGGAAUUAGCUGGGGUCCCAUCUUCGUGUAUCUGGAAGACACCUUUCAUGAGGUGAGCUGCCAAGAAGCAGAUGCAGUUGAAGGGGGAGUGUGAUAGAGAUAAGGUGUGGCAGAUGGAAGUAGAACUUGCCGUUAAUAGUACACCGCACAGACGUGCAUCAUUGAUUUACAAUAGCUUCUCGGCUGCUAGCCACACAGAAAGGCAUUUUUCUCACAUGAUUAUAGAGACUGGUAUAUGGUUCUGGCUCGUAGCAGCGAGGUGUGUCAAUGGCUCCUCUUUAGAGUGAAAUGCUCCUCUGGGACACACCCACCAGUCUGUCAAGGAACCGCUGCCAUCCAAUCGUCUUCUGCGAUUCCCAGUAAACAAAUUUGUCUGGCAACACAUCACAGGUGAAACAUCUGGCUCUCUAUUUACAAUAGUAUUUACAAAAAAACAACCCCC